UGUCGGAAGAGAUGAAGAAUGAUGAAGGAAAGCUGGACUUCAUUGAAAAGCAGCCAUGAGGACGGCGAAGGUGACGGGGACGCGCGCGACAGCCGGACACUUCAAAAUAAAAGUCCCGAGAGCGCGGUCACGCUGACAUUUGUGUUUCAGGGUCUGUCCAGCAGAGAGCGCCACACUGCAGCCGCAGAAGAGGAGGAAGAAGCAGCAGCAGAAGAAGAAGAGAGAGUGCACAUGUGUAGCAGGAGAGGGAAGUCAACACUAGUGUGUAUUACGGACAACACCGAGUGUGUGUGUGUGUGUGUGUGUGUGUGAGAGAGAGAGAGUGUGCGUAUAGCAGUCGCGAUGAGUGUGUGUAUGCCACAAAAGCGUUACUACCGGCAGAGAGCCCACUCUAACCCCAUGGCGGACCACACCUUCCAGUAUCCGGUGUGUCCAGAGCAGAUGGACUGGUCUCCGCUGUACCCGCAGUAUUUCCCUCAGCAGGAGGAGGCUGGAGGAGCGCAGGUGGAGUUCGCAGACAUCGGCUGCGGAUACGGAGGACUGCUGGUCCAGCUCUCGCAGCUCUUCCCUCAGCAGCUGAUUCUGGGUCUGGAGAUCCGGGUUAAAGUUUCGGAUUAUGUGCAGGACCGCAUCCGCUCUCUGAGAGUGGCAGAACCGGGCCGGUACCAGAACAUCGCCUGUCUGCGCAGCAACGCCAUGAAGUAUCUGCCCAACUUCUUCAGGAAGGGCCAGCUCAGUAAGAUGUUCUUCCUCUUUCCGGACCCUCAUUUCAAGAAAACCAAACACAAGUGGCGCAUCAUCAGCCCCACACUGCUGGCCGAGUACGCAUACACACUGCGCAUCGGGGGUUUGGUUUACACAAACACUGAUGUAGAAGAGGUGCACGAGUGGAUCGUCCAACACUUCAGUGAUCAUCCUCUCUUCAGCAGAGUCACGGAGGAGCAGCUGGCUGAUGACAUCAUCGUCGGUCACCUGGGAACCUGCACGGAGGAGGGAAAGAAGGUGCAGAGAAACGGAGGGAAGAACUUUCUGGCAGUUUUCCGCAGAGUGGAGGAUCCGCAGACGUGAAGAUCACAUCAUUAUAGCAGCGUGAUCUCGUUACACAAGUACACUGAGUUUUGGACAUUACUGUACAUUAAAGAUUUACUGUAUGAAGAGCC